CGCGCCUUCUUCACCCUCCCCACCAGCGGCCCCAACACUGUAACCGCCUCGCGGACCCUCCCCUACGCGUCCUCACCGCUGUACGGCAUAAUCGCCGACGUCGACUCCUACACCUCUUUUCUGCCCUACUGUAGCGUAUCACGGGUUACGCACUGGACCAGUCCCUCACACACCUCAAACUCCACCACUUCUUCCUCGCCGCUUCCAGAAGGAAUCACCCGUCGCUGGCCCACCCGCGCCGACCUAACCGCCGGCUUCGGCGGCUUCACCGAAACCUACACAUCAAAGUUAUUCUGUAUACCCGAUUGCGGCAUAGUCGAGGCCAUCAGCGGGGAUGCGCGGACGGAGAUCCCCGAGGCGGAUUUGCGGCAGGAGACAUUGUUCAAGAGUCUGGUGACGAGGUGGACGGUGAGGCCUUUGCCACAAGGGCAGAAGGGUAGUGGUGAUUGGAGCGAGGUUGAUUUGAGCAUCAAGUUUCACUUCGCCAACCCGUUGCACAUGGCGCUCAGCUCGGCUGUGGCGGAUAAGGUGGCUCCCGUUAUGGUGGAAGCUUUUAUCAAGCAGGCGGAGAGGGUCCUGGGGAAGCCACGG